AUGUCGACGGAAAUUGUACGUGCGGGUGUCAUUAUUGUAGCUCAUGCUAUCAAAAAGGAGUUAAAAAAAAAAGAAAAGCCGAAAAGGCAAAGAAAUAUAUGGGUAAAACAAUGGAUGGGCAGACGCGAGAUGUAUGGUGCAUCCAGCAGUUUACUGAAAGAGUUGAAGGACGAAGACGCUUUAGCUUAUCGCAAUAUUUUGAGAUUAGACUGUACCCAUUUUGAAGAUUUACUGAAGAUGGUAAAUGGAAUUUUAAAAAAAGAAGAUACAGUUACGAGAAUGGCAAUCCCAGUAAUCUCAAAACUUGAAGUAACACUACGUUAUCUAGCAACUGGCGAUUCUUUUAAGUCUCUGCAAUACCUUUUUCGAGUUCCCGAAUCGACUAUAUCGAUAUUUUUGCCUGAAGUGCUAUCGGCGAUUUCUUUCGUCCUUCGACCAUUCAUUGAGGUAUGUAAAAAUUAAUUUAAAAAUGCCAUUUUAAAAUCAUUUCUAUAUUUCUUGUAAUAUAAGAUAAAUUGACUUUUUUCAAAUUGAUUUUAAAUACUACUCAAAUAUUUUUUUUAAGAAUUGUUUUAAACAGUUGUAGGAAGUUAUAGGUAUAGGUAUACAAAAUAUAUUAAAUUACAUUUUAAAAAAAAUACAUAAACCACUAUAAAUAGGUUAAGCCCCCUUUACCAUUGAAAAUAAUAUAUAAAACAUGAUUUUCAAUUAAUUUGCGAACUAAAACAGUACGUUUUUUUAAAGAAAUGUAUUUAAUAAAAAUAUAGUUACAAUAUUUAUAUGUAAAUAUUUAGUAUUACACCGAACUUGGUUCAAAUGUUUGAAACAUAACCUGUUUUAAAACAUCAUCGUCAUUUGAGGAGGUAGACAAUGAAUAGUCAGAAGAUGGUUAAAAUGGGACUGGUGAAAAUGGAACAUGACUUGCUUCUCGGGAAUUUAAAUUAACCGCAGGCUCCAAAGAUGUUAGCUUAGAACGAAUUAUAGAAUUCUGAAUUUCCUGUUGUAGUAAAAUUGCUUGUCGCUGCGGCAACUGACGAAGCUCGGCCGCAACAAACUUUCGAAACUGGUCAUAUGGCUUCUCCUCUGCUGUAUUCUGUGCAAUUUUGUCCAAUUGCUGAAUCGCGACUGAUAUUUCAGAAUUUAAGUUUUCGUCGGAUACUACUCAUUUUUUGACCCUUUUCACUGAUGCUGCUGGUGGUCUCAUUUUUGUUGAUUGCUUCUCUUUGUGGAGUUCUUUUGGGCAGCUGCUUUCGUUGUUAGACACAACAUAUUCCGAGUGGUUUUGACCGUCCUCAUCUGGCUCUAUUUCUUCACUGUUUUGUGAUAGAUCCUAGAAAUAGUACAAAAAUGAUAAUGCACAAAUAAUGUAGAUUUAUUAAAUAAAUUUCGCAACGAUGAGUUAAUAAAUAACAUAAAAUAUUACACAUAUAUAUUUAUUUUUAUAAUAUUUAUUAUUUAUUAAAAUUAUGUUAACUGAUUGAAUUUAUUAAUCUUAUUAUUUGCAGGUACCUAAAAUAGUUGAUGAAUGGAAAGAAAUCGAAAAUAAAUUUUCCCAACGUUGGAAUUUCCCUAGAUGUGUCGGGGCCAUUGAUGGAAAACACGUAAUUAUCAAAAGACCUCCUUGUUCCGGUUCAACCUACUUUAAUUACAAAAAAACCUAUAGCAUCAUAUUAUUUGCCAUGAUUGAUGCCGAUUAUUGCUUUACUUUUAUUGACGUAGGUGGUAAUGGACGCGCAAGUGACAGCGUAAUAUUUAGAGAUAGUACUUUAAAUAUUGCAAUGGAAAGUAAUACUCUUGGAAUACCUGACCAUGCUGUUAUUAUUGGAGAUGAUUCAUUCCCUUUAAGAACAAAUCUUUUGAAACCUUAUAGUAAAACUGGGCUAAGUGAUAUGGAAAAGAUAUUUAAUUAUCGUCUUUCACGUGCCAGAAGAGUUGUUGAGAAUGCUUUUGGCAUACUUGCAUGGAGAUUCAGAUUAUUUUCAUAGGUGAUAGGUUGAAUUGCUUUAAAACACUGGAGAAGUUUUGCAUAUUAAGCGUGUUUUCAAUAAUAUAUUUUAUUUGUUUGAAAUCAAUUUUUAAGUCCGGUAACUUUUCGAAGGCGGAUUUAGCUGGUUCCAGAUCUUCAUCAAGCUUAAUUAUUAUUUGUUCAAUCGAGUUUGAACGUUUCUGUUUUUGUGUAGAAGUUGUAGAGUUUUUGAGGAAUCUUUUAAUUUAGUUGCGAGUGUACCAGUAUUUGUUUGUAUCUUUUGCGAUAAUGUUGAUGAUUGUGUUGGACCGUUAGGAUUUUUAUGGUAGAGGUGUUAUCAUGGUGGCUAAUGCUGGAGGUAGAUGAAGCGGGUCUUUUUUUUCGGUCGACUGGUUCCUGUGUGGUGGGUGUGUUGGUAAUUGUUACCUUAGAUUUUUUUUCGAUAGAUAUAUCUGUGUUGGAGUGGGCGCUAUCUGUUUUUCGAGAAUUCUGUUCAUUAAGAUACAUGAUAUUUUUAACCGGAGUGGUGUUUUAAACACCAUUUAAAAAUUUUCUGAUUUCUAACUUAAUUAGAAGUUACUUAAAUGAAUAUAAGUUAACUAAACAUAGCAUAACUUAAGUUAGAGUAGAAGUUAGAAGUUAGUUUAUUUUUUUUAGUUUAAAAUAUAAAUUGAAAAACCAGUUUAAAUGUAAAGUAUUAUCUAAAUUAAUUGUUAAGUAAGUAACUAACUUAAGUUAUAAAUAAUGAUAGGAUUUUAAUGACCUAAAAAAUACACAAAAGUGCACUAAAAAAAAUUUGUAAAAAUGACCUCAAAACUCUAAAAAAUGUACUUAGAUGAGCAAAAAAUUUUAAUUUUAAAAUAAAUAUUAUUAUUAAUUAUUAAUUAUUGUUUAUUCAUAUUUUUAUUGUGAGUGUAUCCGGUUCCUGGUAUAUUUAUUUAUUUAUUUUUUUUUAACACCUUAUUUUUUAUUUAACUAACAAUAUAUAUUUACAAUCUAUAUUUACACGUAAUACAAUAAGUAAAUGUGAUGUGGAAAUGAUUGGCAUGAGGGCGAAGUCGCCCAGUGGCGGCACCCUGUGGAAAGCGAUUUAAGGAGAGAGUAGGUCCCUACACCAGUUCCUUUUCAGGUGCCUGGUUGGGUUACCUGGAAUUUGAUUGGAUGAAAGUUGGGUGAUUAUAGAAGUAGAGUGAGUACUGAAUGUUUUGUGCGUUUUUUUGUAGGUGAUUUUGGCAGGCUGUUUAAGGUUGGGAUGCAAAUGUCUUUAUGAAGUGAUUCAUUGGUAAUAUACCAAGGGGUACCUGAUAUUAGACGUAGACAAAUAGACUGGAAUGCCUGGAUUGUUCGAGUAUUAGAGGGUUUGGCUGACCCCCAAAGUUGUAUGCCAUAGUACCACAUGGGUCUUAGGAGAGCCAUGUAUAUUGUUCUUUUGGAUUUUAAUGAGAGCUUUGAGCGGAGUAAGGGUCUAAGAAGGUGGAGUCUUGAAUUGAGAGCUUUACGCUUAUUUUUUUAAGUGGGAGCUCCAUGUAAGACGUUAUUCAAGAAUUAAACCUAAAAAANUAGAGGGUUUGGCUGAUCCCCAAAGUUGUAUGCCAUAGUACCACAUGGGUCUUAGGAGAGCCAUGUAUGCCAUGUAUUGUUCUUUUGGUUUUUAAUGUGAGCUUUGAGCGGAGUAAGGGUCUAAGAAGGUGGAGUCUUGAAUUGAGAGCUUUACGCUUGAUUUUUAAGUGGGGGCCCCAUGUAAGACGUUUAUCAAGAAUUAAACCUAAAUAAUUAGUUUGCAUGGAAGAUGGAAUUUGAGCAUUGCCGAUAUAGGUUGCGGGACAUUCUAAGGAUCGAAGUGUGAAUGUAAUUUGAGAGGAUUUUGAUAGAUUUACUUGGAUUUUCCAGUCAUGAAACCAGGUGUUUAGCACAGGUGGUNCCAUGUAAGACGUUUGUCAAGAAUUAAACCUAAAUAAUUAGUUUGCGUGGAAGAUGGAAUUUGAGCAUUGCCGAUAUAGGUUGCGGGAUAUUCUAAGGAUCGAAGUGUGAAUGUAAUUUGAGAGGAUUUUGAUGGAUUGACUUGGAUUUUCCAGUCAUGAAACCAGGUGGUUAGCACAGUUAGGUGGUUUUGGAUUUUUUGGGCAGCUUGGGCGGGAUCUUUGUCAGUAGCAAGAAUAGCAGUGUCAUCCGCGAACGUACCGAGUAGCGUGUUUUCGUUUAGAGGUAGGUCACUGGUAAAGACGUUGAAUAGGAAGGGAGCUAGUUCACUGCCUUGGGGAACAUCAGCCGUUGCUAUUUGAGAGUUGGAUAAGGCGCCGUUAAUUUUUAUGACAAAUGUUCGUUGGUUUAGAUAAGAUUUGAUUAAUAGGCAGUACAGAGCAGGCAAGAAGGAUUUUAAUUUAAAGAGUAGGCCAGGGUGCCAAACUCGGUCAAAAGCCUGUGCGAUGUCUAGGAAAAUACCAAUGCAGAUUUUUUUGCUUUCGAAUGCUAAUGACAUUUGAUUGACGACUCUAUGCAGUUGAUGGAUUGUGGAGUGUUUAGAUUUGAAGCUGAAUUGGAAAUAGGGUAUAAUUUUGUUAUCUGUGGCAAUUUUUGAAAUUCGUUUUAGGAGUAUUUUUUCGAAUAGUUUUCCUACGACAGACAGAAGGCUUAUAGGGCGGUAAGAGGAUGGGUUUUCGAGAAGUUUGCCUGGUUUGUGGAUAAGUAUUACUUGAGUAUGUUUCCAGAUAGAUGGCAUGUAAGAAAGACGGAGUAUAGAAUUGAAUAUAUAUGAUAAAAAUAUUAUUGUUUUGGGAGGUAGUUGUGGGGCAGUUAUCAAAUCAUGACCGGGAGCUUUGCCAGACUUUAAAUGUUUUAUAAAGAAGAAAACUUCAUUUGGUGUAGUGAGUUUUGCAGGCAUAGAAACUGGUAGUGGACUAUUUAAGAACUCAAACACUCUGGCAGAGUGCUGGGGAUUAGUUUGUAUAGUGUUUGGUUUAAAAACUGUAGCAAGGUGUUCGACAAAAACAUUGGACUUUUCAAUGUCGUCAGUGAUUUUAGAGUUAUCGGGGCGACGGAUUGGAGGAGUGGGUUCGAUGUGUCAAAGGAUUUUUUGGUUGCUUUCCAAAGCGAGCCGUUAGUUGGAUUUAGGUUUGAGAUGUAGUUGUCAUAGGAUUGAUUUUUGUGAUUUUGGAGUUGCCUUUUAAGUUUGUUGGUUAGGUUAUUGAAGAUCCGCUUAUCGUUAGGGUAACCUGUGAUUUGCCAUUUGACACGAGCUUUUCUUUUUUGUCUUAUGAGUACAUUGAUGUGGCCCGGGAGUGGGUAUUUGUCUAGAAUUGUUUUCGAGGUGGUGGAAUAGUUGUUACAUGGGUCGAGGACGGUUUAGCAGCGGAUUGGAUCAUUUCUAAAAAUGUGACAGAAGCUUGCUCGAGGUCAUUGGCAGUUUUAAGAGGUAUGCNGAUAUCUGUUGAAACUAAAAUUGCAGUACCUGCGUGGGCAGAACCAUCGGGAUGGUCUGUUCGAUUUAAAAUAUAUCCGGGUAUACGUAUACUUUUAGUGGGUGUUAGAUGGGUUUCUGUAAUUAAUGCUAUGUCAAUUUUUCUUAAUUGAAGUAUAAUUUGGAGUUCUUUAGUGUGUUGGAUUAUACCAUUUGCAUUCCAAAGGAGUAAUGACAGGAGAGAUUCUGGAUUGAUAUUAGUUGACAUUUUUCAAUAAAACUUUGUUAAUGACUGUAGUCAGUAGUGAUAUAAGAGGAGUUAUUACAUUUUUAAAUUCAGUUAAGAAUGCAGAUAAUUGUGACGGUAGGUCAUUUGGGUAUGAGAAAUGUUGAGGAUUUUCGGAGAAAUUUGGUUUGGGAUUUUGAGUAGCGGAUGAAUAUGAGCGUUUAGUAUUUUCAAGAUCAAUUUCAGAGGUGCUAUUAAUAGUGUUACCUGGUACAGUGUUUGAUUUUUUUCCCGAGUUUGAGGUGUAUUUUUGUUGAUGAGGCUGUUGUUUUCUUAGUUGUUGAAGGUUUUUGAAUACCGUACAUCCACGGUAAUUUGCUGUGUGGUUAUUUCCGCAGUGAGCACAUUUAGCUGGAAGUUCAGCACUUUUCGUACAAAAGGUGGAGCUGUGAUCUUCGCCACAUUUGACGCAGCGAGGUCUGCUAUGACAAUAAGACCGUGUGUGUCCAUAAUCCUGGCAGUUUAUACAUUGGGGAAUUUAUUUAUUGAUUUUCGGUUCUUCAACUCUAAUCUUGGUGUAACACAACGAUUUUAGCGAGAAGAUUUCUUUAUUGUUUUGAUUAGGUUCUAAGUCCACAAAAAACAACGGGAGCCUUGUUUUAGUUAGUCUGUGUAGUGCGUUCGUGAUAGAUCUAGUUAAAAAUCAUUUUUGUUCUAAUUCAUCUUUUAUAAAUUCAAUUGAUGUAGUUGGGUGUAGAUUCCUAAUUACUACUCGAUAUGGUCUGUCCUCUUUGAGUUGGUAGGUGAAGAAUUCAACUUUUUUUCCCUUUAAUUAAUUUAUUACAGCUCUGUAGGCAUUUGAGGAGAAAGUAUUUGAAUCCCUAAAUGCAGAAAAAACACAUGUCCAAGUUUUAAAAUUUUUCAGGAAACACAAAAAACUUAAUAUAUUUGAAAAAAAUUGAAUUACAAAUUGUAUGUUAUAGAAUAAUAUAGUUUAAGACAUGGUAUACAUGUUUCUACAAUCACUUAAAGAAAUAUAAUUAAACUGUAGGUAUCUGAUGAGCUUUAAGGUCAUGGACAUGUGCCGUUUAUACUUCAAAUUACCAUUUAUAUUUCGAAAAUAACCGUUUUCUUAUAAAUAAGUAGCUUUAAUAUGCAUACAAAUUAAAACGACAUGAUUAAAUAAUAUACAGUAGAUUAUAUACUAAUAUUGAGUCACAAAUAUUUGAUAUCUUUUUAAUAAUUAGAAAUUGAAUUAUAUAAAAUUUAUACAAUUAAAGAUAUUUAUUUAUAUUCUAUUUUGCCUUGCUUGAGGUGUCUCAGUUUGUAACAAAAAUAUAAUAUAAUUCCAAAAUGAUUGCAAUGCUGGCUCUGGAAUAUAUUUCGCUAGUUGCUUCAAAUCUUUCAUUUUGCUUUCAAGAAUUGGUAAGCUUGAAGUAUAAACUAGUGUUUUUGGGAGUUGUAUAGGCAUUGCAUUGUUUUUUCUCAAUUUGAAAUGGUUUGAUAUUAUUCCGUCAAUAAAUUCACUUGCCUUAAUUAUUCCACAUUAUUCCGAUACACAUUCAAAAUAAUGGUACUUAGNUGUGGAAACCACAUUUGAUAGUCAUAAAUUAUACUUUUAUCAACUAGAAACACUGAAAAUUUGUCUGGGUUUCUUGAUUAUUUUAAAAUAAGUUCUAUAUAGUCUUCUAAAGUGUAUAGACGAUCCACUCUGUUCAGUUGUUUUUUUAUCAAUGCAAAGUCACGAUCACACGGCAAAAACGAGUGUCCUCUUUGUGGAAAAAACACCUGAACUUUUUUGAAUUUUUUAAUUUCAACUAGAGCCAUAAUCAUUCUGAGUAAUGCGUGGUUUUUGUUUUGCCCAGCACAAUUGUCACAAAACAAAUGCAAUUCCUCAACAUCAUCAUCAACAAAAUUAUUGAUAUAAUGAACCAAAAAAGAGCAUACAUCAUUUGGCGUUUUUCUUGCUGUUGCCUCAUGAUAAACAUAACAAAAUAAAUUAUUCGUGUUUAAAUUAUGAAUACCAAAAGUAUUGACAGAUAAUUGACGAUAAUAAUAUGCUUUCUGCACCGGUAUUUUAGGUAAGUCAACUACAGCCAUAAAAUCAAAGUAAAGACCUAACACUUUUUUAUUCUGUUGAGAAAUCUCUAUUGUUUUUUUAAUAUUAUUAUACAAUUUUUUGCUUCUAUAUUUAUGAACUAGUAAUUCCGCAGAAGCAACUCCUUUUGCAACAUCAUUUAAAUCUUUACUCAUUAUUUUUGUAUUUAAUUCUUCGCAUUUUGAACAAGCAUCUUUGACUGGAGCACCAAAGUUUAAUGAAAAAUUAUUCUUAAAAUACUUCCAAUAAUAUUUUAUAACUCAUAUUUUAAAGUUAUACACGUAAUUAUCGUUUGUACACGACUACGACGUUUCAACCAGUACAAUAUAUUUUAUUCACUGAUAAUCAUUAUAUUUUAUAAGUAGGGAUAGCAACGUUUUCACCAUUAUAAUCUUUAUUUACUGAUAAACAAUUGUACAAAAUUAAAUUUAAAAAUAGAACAAUAUUGCAUAUCAUACAAUAAAGUGAUUUCACUUUAUUUCACUUUAAACUUAAGUUUAGGUCUGAUAAUAUUACUAAAGUAUAAUUUUGAUGCAAAAAGGUUACAUGUCCAGGACAUGUGCCUUUUCUGCAAUUAACGAAAUUUUAAAUUAUUUUUAACGGGGAUCUAUUUAAUAGGACAUAUACCUUGUCUGCACAAAACCAUGUAUUUAUCAAUAUUAAAUUCUAUUAUGCAAUAAAGUGAUUUUUGUAAAAUAUUGGACAUGUGUCCUUUCUGCAUUUAGCGAUUCAUUUAUUUUGAUGUUUUUUGCUGUACUUUUGCACGAGAAUUCAGAAUCAGGGUUAAUGAUUAAUUUUAUUUCUUCCGUAAGUAGUUUGAAAUCCUUAAUUAUGGUCUUGAUAAAAAUUGGAGGCGGUGUUUUCAGCUUUUCAUUUGCUUCAUCGGUAGCGUUGGUAGCAUUUCGUUAUCAUUGUCAUUUGUUAUUAAAUGAGUGAAACGAUUUUCAGUUACGAACUGUGAACUGUUAUUUUUUGUUGACUUAGUUUUUGGUGAAAUGUUUUGGCUGGCAGAGUUUGCGCGCUUCGUUCGUUUAGGAGAUUUUAUUUCAGUCCAUUCAUUUUCAAAUAUCGAGUCGUUAUCGCCAUGAUAAAGUUCGAUAGAAAUUGAAUUUGGUUCAAUUACUGUGUUUUUGUUGAUAAUUUUAAUUGGCGGUACGCGGUUUUUAUUUUUGUCGUUUUUAUCGUUCAUAUUGAACGCGUAAAAUAUGCUCGUCUUAACUAUAGUUGACCCGAAGGUCAAAUGUUGGACGUUGCAGUUUUAUAUAGUUUGUGUUAUUAUAAUAUUUAAAAUUAGUUUUAAUAUAAAGGAAGCAAUUACUAGGACGGAAAUACGAUAACGUAAAUACGAUAGCACGAAGUACGUGUGCUCGCAAAGACUGUCGGUGCAAUACUGCACAAUCGAGCUACUCCCGCAAGUUUUGUUAAUGCGAAAUGUUGAAUCGCAACGUCGUCCCACUCAUAUAGAAAAGCGUACUCUUCCACCUUAUCAAUCCAUUUCUCGAUUGUCAGUGCGCCGUUUACGGGGUCAAAUUCCAGCAUCACCAUCGCUAUAUCUGCCAAAUAUCGUCGGUGUUGUGUUGUCGUGUCGCUAUCACCACACUUAUUACUCACAGCCAUCACGUUCAUGCGAUAAGUCUAGCUCUACGAGUAAUUAAGUAUAUAUGUAGCACGAACAACAACUCGCUCCGCCGAACCACUCGCUGAUAACGGAUAUAUCGAACACGUUGUUGAACAGCCCCAGCUAAUUUUAGCCUGGCUUUCACACACACACAGUACGAAAUAUCGCGACUGGCGAAAAUAUUACGUCCAUUAUGUCCGUAAUACUAUAACGCUUUGAGUAUAAAAAAAAAAAAAAAACGAACCAAGUCGAGUAUAACGCCCACACGUGACCGAUUUACCGCACACUGUAGUAACACGGAGAGUGUUACUAGUAGUAACUAGUAACAUACCGUGCACCUACUGAGGAUAUGAACGAAACCACUAAGACUGAAUUCUAUGAAAGACUGGAUACCUAUUACAAAAUAAAAAGGUAAAAAUAUUACUCCGUGAUUUUAACGCUUAGAUAGUCCAAGAACCUUUAUUCAGUCCGACAAUUGGGGAAAAUAACUUACAUACAAACUCAAAUGACAAUGGUGCAAGACUGGUAAAUUUUGCUAUGGCAUGAAUUAUGGUAAUAAGUAGCACUAUCUUCCCUCAUAAAAACAUACACUAACAAACGUGGAUAUCGCCAGAUGGGCGAACGAGAAAUCAGAUAGAUCAUGUAGUAGUAGAUGGUAGAAUUAAAAGAUGUAUAAUGGAUGUACGUAUCAUGAGAGGUAGUAGCGGAAUAUCAGAUCAUUUCAUUGUGAAAACUAAAGUCACAUUCAGACUAUUGAUAAAAUGGAAAGAGCGAAAAUCACCAGCCAAAAAGGUAAACAUCGAACCACUAAAGAAUUCUCAGACAGCAGAACAAUACAAAAAUAAGUUAAAUGAUAUAUUGCGAUCAGUGGAAGAAGAAAGCAGUAUAGAUGAGAUAUGGGAAAGAACAGAGAAGUCAGUCAAGAAAAUGGCAGAAGAAGUUCUGGUUUUCAAGGGCCCAGUCUGUAUGUUUGUUUGUUAGAAACUGUUUUCGUUUUUUCAUAACAACAUUUGAACUCAUCAAUAAUAACACAGAAAUGUGAUCGGACGUUAGUUUUACAAAUCAUUCAGCUUCAACAAAAUUAGAUGAAAUACUUUUAAUUACGAAGAAGUCGAGCAGAUCGGGAAUUUUCUUCAAAUGGGUUGGCCAAUAGGUUUACUCUCUAGUAGAAAUUAUAUCAGCGUUUAUACUAUUAGCUAUUUUAGCAGAGCACGUCCUUUUGGAAUGAUCAUUCUUGAUUCCCAGUGAGAGUGCUUGGCAUUAUAGUCACUACCAGUAAUAAACCUGUCUUCUAGUGUUUGGAAAAAUGAAGUGAAUCUAGUUUCAUCUGCACCUCCUUGGAGUGAACAAUAAAUAGCUGUGACCGUGAGGUCAUUAUUUUCAUCUUCAAAACAAACACUUGUGACUUGUAUGUGCAGUUCUGAGUAUUCUUCAAGCUCGAAGUGUUUUAUAAUAUCUCGUAUGUCUACAGCUGUAACUCCGCGUGCUCUACAACUUUACACCCGAUUUAAAGUUGUUAAAAUCUUGUAGUUUUUUAUUUUUAGUAAUGUCGAUGUUUUCGGUAUUUAAGAAUUUAUCUAGUUCUUGUUUACUCUGUACUAGCCCGUUAGCGUUUCAUGCUAUAAUUCGCAAUGUGCGGUUCAUUCCUUUUUUUCCUGGCUUUUGUUAUUAUGCUUAGAUUUAUUACAUUUUAAUCUAUCUAUUCUAGAUGUGACAUUAACUAACAAUUUAGUAGUAUUAGUUAAGACAGACAAGAUUUUCGCUAACGUAGAGUCAAUUUCACUAGUUUGUUGUUGCUGCUACUUAGACGUUUUGGGUGUUGCGUUAUUUGCGGCAGAUCCAGUCAUCUGUGCAUAUUAGGUGGAUGCAGUAACAAUUUUUGCUGUUUUCUGUUGAAUACGCUGUACUGCGGAUACUUUUUUAGGAUGUGAUCUUUCUUUUGCCUUUUAAUAGGCAGAAAAAUUCUUCCAGUUUGCAGUGUGUGCUUCACCACAACUCGCACAUUUGGCCUUUGAUUUUUUAGGUUUUUGACAAUACUGUUCUGUAUUUUUCACCGCAUUUCCCACAUACAGAUAUUUUAUAACAAUAAUUCUGGUAUACCCAAACGCCCGACAGUUUUCGCACUGCGGCACCUCUUUUCUUUUUCUAGGUACUUAAUUUUAUGAUAACACAGACUAUAUAGAUUGUAUGUAUCUUUAUUAUUAUCUUGUGGAACUAAAUCUACGAAAAACAAUGCUUUAUUUAUCCUCGUCCAUUCACUAUUUUUGUUUUUUACGUUUGGUUUCCUUUUUUAUCUGCAUAUUCGAUACAUCGCUUACAGUUAUUACUUUUUUCCGAUAAGUCUUUUUUGAUUUCACAUAAUUCUGUUUCUGGAUGUAAUCCACGAAUUACGACCCGAAUUUUUUUUAUCUCCUUUCAAUUGAAAUCUGUGAUAACCAUUAGCAAUAGUUUUGAGCUGCUGUUCGUGAUCAGAAACUUCUUCACGAGUUAGUUUACUAAUCAAGUUUUGUAUAUUUUUGACACCAUCAGCUGUGAUUGGUGGUAGUUUUUAUACUUCAGUUUUUUUGUCAUAAAUAUUUUUUAUCAAUUCUAGCCUUUUUUUUUUAAUUGGAAUUUUACUAACACCUAAAUUAGUAUCCAAAUUUUCAUUUUUCUUCGUACUCUUUGGAUUUUUAUUUUUAUUAGGAUCAUUAAUAUUACUCACUUGGAAAUUUUGUAAUUCACUCUGUAAUUGUGCAUUGCUCGUAUUAGUGCUGUAAUUGGGUAACAAGCUUUGUUAAAUUUUCGUUUUCUUGUUGUAUUUGAAGUAUAACUGCAUAGUCAACUAUAUCCUGACCCGUCACAGACAUUCCGAGAGACGGUCAAAGCCGCCGCACGCGUGUAACCUAGAUAAUUUAUACUACACGUCACUUGACACUUCCGUCAAAGGGGAGGACAUGUGUAUAAUUAGUAUAUUCUAAACGAACGUGUAGUUUCAGCACUUGCGAGCGGAACACACGUGUUGCUCAUUCGAUAACCAAAACGCGGCUGCAUAUUUAACGAUAGCAAUAUUUUUAAAAGAAAAUCCGACUGGGUAAGUACUUUAAAGAGGUCAUUUUUCGUCAAAAUUCUCAUCAAAUUUGAAAAAACGAAAAAUAAACGUUAUAUUAUAUAAAAUUAAGGUAUCAGUUAAAAUAAAUUACGAAUUUCUUUUUCUGUGCACAACUUUUCUACCAGCAAUUUUGCUCCAAUUUAUAAUUAUAGUAAUGUUUCUAAAAGCAAAUUUGACUGAAAAGGUACUUAAGGUCAUUUUUCAGGAGGUUAGAUUAGGUUAGGUUAAGCAACAUAUAGCAAUAGACACAGUCUGUCGUUAUAUCAAUAGUUCAAUGAUUGUUUAUUUCUAUCAUGGAUAAUAGGCGAUUUAAGUGAUUAGAAAAUACUGCCAGGAUUUCUUAUUAUUUUAUCUGACUGACAAUAAAAAAGGAUUAUUAAAAUUAUAUGAUUUAAUAUAUCUUCUACUUAGCUAUAUAGCUGUAUAAACUAUAUAAGUAAAUAUAUACGUAUUAAUCUGAAGAUAAUAAUAUAUAUUGGUGACAAAAAUCCAAAGAGGUAUGACUAUAGAAAACCAUUUAUUGUGUUCAAGAUGUUGUCAGGAUUAUUUUUUCAAGGUUUUACCGUUCAAGAAUUUGACGCCCCCCCCCCUCAUCAGUACUAUGAAAAUUAAAAAAAUUAUACAAAUUCAGUAACAUCAAAACCUUAAAUUUGAUAAUUUUCCAUAAAUGAUUCUAUUGCACUGAUGGUUUAAUUUUUAUUAUACCAAAUAGGUUAAUUGGAAAUUAAUCUAUUUAUAUAUCCAUCCAUAUAUCUAUGGCGUGUAGUCAGAGCAAGUGUGGUAAGCUCUACAUGCCUGGUUAAAAAGAGAAAAAAAAUAUUUAUUUAACCUGUGUCAAUUUGAAAUGUUUAAUUAUUUAAACAAUGUCAAUUGUAAUAUAGAUUUUUAUUUUAGACAUAAUAUAAAUACUUCAUUAUCUGUAGUAUAUUAAUAAUUUAAAAAAAAUAAUAUACUACAUUUUUUUGUUAUUUAAGUAUGCAAUGAAUUGAUAAAGAUACCUGGGUUUUAAAUUUGUGAUCUAUGAUAAGUAGAUAAUGCAUAUAUUUAAAAUCCAUUAUAUAUUAAAACUUUCCUUAAUACUCAUUAAAAUUAUUACUACAUAAUAAUAUUAUUAUUUUCAUAGACCUGGUGUUAAUAUUUUUAUUAUAUUUAAUAAUUUUCUAUGUCCAAUUCACAGUAACAAUUCUUAUGAUAUUAGUAUAUAAAAGUAAUGGUAAAAUAUGUAGGCAAUAUGAUUAACUAAAAACUAUUUUUUUUAAGUUUUUAAAUUAAUAAACAAUAAUCAUUAUUUGAUGAUCAGUAGAAAAAAAUGUAUUUAAUAAUAAAAUACAACUUAUUAUAAUAUGACUAAUGUAUAUCAAUUGUUAGAUUGAACAAUUGUCAAAUAAAAUGUUAUAAUAAUAAAAUACAGUAUUAAUUUUAUUUUACAUAAUUAUUUUAAAUUAAUUCAUACAAUAAAAUAUAAUAUAAUGUCAGUAAUUCUGAACAAUAAUUAAAUUAAAUGACUUUUCUAACAUCAAUUAUGGCAUUAUUUAGAAGACCAAUACUUUCAGGAGUGUCAUCAUCGUGAAUUUGAUAGUCAUCAAACAUAAAGCGCAGAUUAAGGACGUUGAGCCCAACAUUAUUAGAAUAUAAACGUUUCAUUUUACCUAAUUUUGUUGUCUUCUUAUAAUUGAUAUGAAUCUCUCCAGAAUCAUCACUAUUAAUACGAAGACGAAUUUUGUCUCGAGGAUGGCUAUUAUGUGAUGUGGAUUGUGUAUGGUUGGAUGUAGCACUAAGAUUUUCAACUUGGUUAGUAUUCGUUUCAGAGUUCAUUGUUCUGAAAUAAAACAAUCAUUAUUUCUUUAAAUACAAUAUUUUGAGUUCCAAACAAACAUUUUAAACAAUAAAUAGUUUCAUAAUAUAAUGACCCAGAUUUAAAUGCUCAUAUAAUCUCCAAAAAUCACUUAAAAAUUUACUGUGCUGUAAAGUAAGGUACCCAACAAAGAACGACCUAAAAAAAGAAAAAAAUUAAAAUGAAACCAUAUAUUGUAAUUUUAUUUCAGUAUUUGUAGAUAUUUUUAGGUAUUCUACCUAAAUGUAGAAAACCUAGAUGAACUAUAGAUGGAAAAAACACUGUUUUAGUUUAGUACACACUCACAAUAAUGUAAUGUUGAUGCAAAGAUAUUAAAUAUAAUGUUAGAAUUAAAUAAUGGAAAUACUGAUAUCUAUUAAAAAUGACUAAACAUUACAAUGACUUUACUUUAAAAGUAAAAGUUAUGUAAUCAUCUAUGAUUCCAAGAUUUAUUUAUAGUUGGUUUUUGUCCCCCUUCCCACCAAGGACUAAGUGUUAAAUUACUUAGUCAAAUUUAAGGCAUUAGAACAUAUCACUCCAGACAGUAUAGAAGAGUAUAAAAUAUCUUUUAUAAUUGCUCUCCAUAUACCAGUUCUUCUGUUCAAUUUGGACCCUUUAUUUAGCUUCCAAUUAGUUUUUCUUACUUGUAUUUUGGAUUUGACAUAUAGUUAUAGACAUAAAUAAAUAAAUAAAUAAUAAGUGUUUAUGUUAUUAUGAUAUCUACAUAUUGUAAAAGUUAUUCUUUUAUUUAUAAUACAAAUUUUAAAUUGUGGAUAAUUUCAUUUUUAUAGAUUUAACAUUAACAAAAUUUUAUAGUACAGUAAUUUUUUCCAAUAAAUAUACAAAAUAAAGAAAAAUCUAUAAUAUACAACUUUAUCAGAGUAUAAACAAUUAAAACAAUUUGGGGGGGAGUUUUGGUAGUAAAAUUUAAAAUUAAAAGUAUUAAUUUCUGAUGACACACUCUCAUGUAUCUUUCAUAUAGCUAUUUUAACACUAAGUUUUCUAUGCAAGGACAGAGGCUACAGAAUCACAAGCAAUAGAGUAACUACUAAUCUACUUGAACUACUGGCUCAAGUGUGUUAAUAACAAUUUAUUCUUGUUUAACUUUCUAUGAUCACUAUUAUCACUGCUAAAGUUUCACCCAGUAGAGGUAACAGUAUUAAUAUACAUACCUAUAUAAUAGGUAUUAAUGUUUUUAUAUAAACUUAAAUUUCUUAUACGCCAUUAAUUUUAUUUAUUAUAGUAUCAUAGGUAUAAUAUUAUAAAUUGUUAUUAUUAUUAAUAGGCAUUUUGGUACUUACCACAGUUACAAAAUGUACAGAUUUGAAAAUUUGGAAACAAAAAAAAAACUUAAGUCAACCGAGGACGAGUUAACUAUGAUGACUUGGCAAUUGACACUUUUCUAAAUUUUGUUAUUUAAUUAAACGAACACUUCGAAAGUAUGAACCACAGAUAUAAAAAACAGAAUACAAUAUUAGUUUAUUGAAUUGUGUUCUGUCAAAAUGAAUUAUCAAUGAAUAAAAUAAUGAUAUAGCACGUAUAUUAUGGUAUCAUGUCGAUCACAACAUCAUGAUGUUAGGAACGUUACUCGAGUACAAUAACACUACUUAACUCAUAAAUUAGAUAGUUACGGCAAGGAACAUUUAUUCGAAAAUGUUAAAGACCGAUUACGACCUAUAAAAUAUUUUAUAUUACUAAGAAUUAAGAAAACGUUUCAUUUUAUUAUGGGUUAUAAAAUAAGAUUUAAAUUCACUGAACUAAAUAUAUGGAAUACACAAGGUGAAUUCUGAUUAGUGAUUAAGACUGGUUACACGGUAAUCUCAUAUAAUAAGCUUGAUAAAAAUCGGUAUAAAUCAUGCAUAUGAUUUUUUAUUGUUUGAUAACCUAAAAUUGUUGUUACUUGUCUCUACUAUAUUAUGUAGUUUAAGAUGUUCGCAAUUAUUCAACUCUCGGUUAAUUUAAUUAUUGUGAUACAAUAGAAUAAUAAUUAUUAUAAUAAUUAAAUAAUUAUAAUCGGCCAAUUCCGGUCAAAACUGAUGGAGUAAUACUGAUCACUUUCAGUGUUAUAUAGGUGACCAGUUUAAAAAUAUCAUGAUUUAAUUUCAUUCAGUACUCUUCAAGAAAAAAUAAAAUUAAGCAAAAGUAAAUCACCAGCUUUGAGGUUAAAAUCUACAUUUAACCGAAAUUAUGAAAAGGGUAUUGCUGGUCAUAUUAAAGAUUUAGUUAAUUGUAAUUGAUUAGCUAAUUAGCUAUGUAAGUUAAAUUAAUUAGCUAAUUAGCUAUUUAGGGUUAACCCCACUUCAGCUUCUAGAAACUACUUUUCUUUUUGCUGAAUAUAAUAAUAUUAAAUAUAACUUUCAUAUCAAAUGUAUGAAGCUGAGAAAUAUUAGUUUUAUAGAUUUGUUUAUACCACUGCAUACUACCACAUGAAAAAAAAUAACACCUUAUUAUUUGGCUUCAAAUUUUAAAUGAGUUUACUAUAAUAUGUUAUAGUGUUGUAGGCAUGUUAGCAGAAUUUUCCAAAACAAUUUUUAGGCAGACUUGUUGGAAUUUGUUGGAACCCCCUUUUUAAAUUAUUCCAUAUUUUAUUUUGUAAUGCUAACUUCACAAUUAGCAUUAUAUGUACAGUAUACCAAAACUGUUCAAAAACCUUCCAACAAUGUUUGAACAUACUUGUUGAACAUUAUUGGAAACUUGGUGGAAUUUUUUAAAGCAUCCCUUUUAAUUUAUUUCAAAUCACACUUUUUUAUAAGACUGUUGAAUAUCUAGAAUUGUCAUUUAUUUCAAAACCUUACAAAAUUUCUCAACAUGUAUAUACUAUUAUUUAUUGAGGUGUUAAUAUAAUAAUAUUGUAAUAUAUGUUUUUUUUAUUAUAUCUAACUUUCAAUUUUUUUUCAUACCAAUUCAUGAUAUUAAAAUAUAUACAUUAACAUUAUGGUGUAACUAAAAUAUUACAUCAAUAUUUGAAUAAUAAUAUAGUUCAAAUAACUGCAUAAAUAAUUGUAUACCUUUAUAAUAAUUAUAUUAAUACUUAUAAUGUAACAUAUUUAUUUUGUUUUAUAGAUUAUGCUCAAAUAUUAAAAUGAAACAGUAGAGGAAGACAUCAUAAGUAAAGAUAGAAAAAUUAUUCCUAAAAAUGUUCGUUUAAAAAAAAAUAUUUAGGGUUCACUCAAUUAUAAAUAGAUAACGUUUAAGGUGGAUUAUAAAAUUGAGAAUAAUAAUACUAAAUCUAAAAUAAAUCUAAAAGGAUAUAAUAAUUCAUAAAUAAACUCGGUAUCUAAUAACAGUAAUAUAAAUCUUAAUAAAUUGUAAUUAUUAUUUAUUUUUAAGAACCACCUCUCAAACCUGAUAUGAACUUUUCUUCAUCUAUUAAAAUGUUUAAUCAUAUGAAAAAGUAUAAUUUAAAUCACCUAUUGAAUGAAAUUAUAAAGCCAAAAAUCUAAAGUUUGUUUGUUCAAGAUUUCAGAAAUUAAAGCUGCAGGACGGGAUAGAUGUAGGUACUGACAAGACCUCUGAAUCAUUCCAGACAAAUAAUGUAAUUUAUUAGGAAUCGAUUUAAAAUAAGGUUAACUCUACAAUGUAUGGUGUUGCUUUUCCGCAACAACCUAUACAAAAAGUUAUAAUCAGAUGUUUAUCCAUGUUAGUUAGCGUAUAUUAGCUUUAAUCAUAACCAAGUAUGAUAAUAUACAACGUAGUUAUUUUCAAACCGAUAGAAAGCAGUAUGUGGUUGGAAAAAUUAAACUAUUUAUCGAUAGACCAGUACAUAUGAAUGUGACAAUAUUCUGGGUUUUUUUUCAAUAAUUUUAAAUCAUAAAAUAUGUCUAUGGAUUACAUUAAAAAUAUACCCGUGUUCAUAUGUAUCUAAACUUUAGAUAAUUUCUAAGGUUAUACAGAUAAUUCAAAUAUUUUAUUUGUAAAUCAAUAAUGCACGGUUAUUGUUCAUACGCAACAGUAUGCAUUUAGCACCAUACGGGACACAUAUUUUUUUCGACGUUUUUCAAUGCCGUAUUUUUGCAUGUUUUAUUAUUUUACUCUUUACAUUACAAAUUCGUACAUUUUUUCAUUAUGUGUAGAAGACAUUUGUUUGAUAGAGAAAUUAUGCAAUUGCUGGAAAAUGAACCUCCAUCUGAUUCUGAAGACGACUUGGAAUCUGGCGACGAACAAGGCAUUUAUAUAGAUAGUAAUAUAGUUGGUUUAGAAGGAACUCGAUAAACUUUUAGAAAAUAUUGAUGACGAUGAAUUAGAUCCGUUUCUUAAUUCUAUAAAUUUAUUAGAUAGUAAUUUGGAUAUUAAUGUUGGCAUGGGAGAUGUUGAAUGUGAACCUGACGGCCCAUUGAUAUCUCUUCCAAACUUUAUUUCUGUAAAGCUGAAUUCAAAAACUGAAAUAUAUAAAAUUCCGGACCUCAAAAUUGAAAAUUUAAUAAAAAUAUACAAAUUUGAUAUAACCACACCUCCUUUUGUUGCUAAGCCUCAGCCUAAAAUAAGAAACAAAAAUAAAACAAAACUUGGAUAUUUCUUGUAAACAUGAAAAAUUGUCUACCCAAAAUGUAGAAUUUACUGAUGACUUUGAACUUUCAGAUGAAAUUUUAAAUUUAAGUACUCCCUAUCAAAUAUUUGGCUACUUUUUCCAAGACGAUUUAAUUGAACAUAUUGUGUAUGAAAUAUUGAUACAUAGCAUAUAAAUAUUAAAAUAAUUUCAAAUGACGUGAAUAAUAUUUAGAAAUAGACUGUCCACAUAUUGUAAGUGUAUAUAAUUAACAAAUGGAAGGAGUAGACCUAUUUGAUAACUUGUUAGGACGACAGAAAAUUAAAAUAAGAAGUCGUAAAUGGUAUUUAAGGAUUUUCUAUCAUUUACUUGGCGUGACUGUUGUAAAUUCAUAACCGAAUAUUUGCUCAAAAAAAUUAAACUAGGGGCCAUGUUGAAAAACCUAUGGUAUUAGCUGCGUUUAAAAAAGAUUUAGCCAUAUCUUUGUGCAAAGUUGGUCAUUCAACUUUCACUAGAGGAAGGCCGUCAAAUAUCAUAGAGAACGCACUAAUACAAAUAUCCAAGAAACCGAAUGCCACCAAAUCAAGAUUUUCGCAUGGAUCGAAUUAAUCACUGGUCGAACGAUGCACCAACGAGGAGUCAUUGUAAAAUGCCAGGUUGCAACGGAUAUACAUGGCAAGUGUGUGAAAAAUGUCAAGUUGGAUUAUGUGUUGGAAAGGGAAAAACUUGCUUUAAAAAAUAUCAUACUACCUAUUAAUAUUUCGUAAUUUAACUAAGUAAUAAUUCAAAUGUGUAUAAUUUGACUAAUUUUAGAUAUCUAUAAAUUAUAAUAUGAUAACUUUUUAAAAAAAUGUCAAGUUGGAUUAUGUGUUGAAGUUGUUAAAUAUCGUACGAUUUAUUUAUGUAAAAUUAAAAUGUGUAUAAAUUUGAUAAAUUUUAGGUAUAUCUAUUAUAAUAUGACAACAUUUUAGAAAAAUUAAAAAAUAUUAAUUUGUUCUAUCAAAUAUAUAAUGUUGCUCUAAAACAACAACUGACUUUAUCAACUUUUUCAAAACUUGAAAUUAUAAUUGAUUUUUAAAUUAUUUUUCAUGUAUUUUACAGCUUUAGAACUAUCCAAAAACCAUUUUUUAAUAAUAAAAAAAAAUCAUGCAAUGUAGGGUUAAUAUAAUGUUUUGUAAUUUGUAUUUUAUUAAAACUGUAUAGAAUGGUGGUGUUCAAACAUAGUAAUUUUGUGUUAACAUUACAUUUUAUUAUAACAAAUUUGUUGGAUUAAUUAGAUGGACGUUAGCUAAUUUUGCGCUGCCAAGUUCACAAGGAUGCCGCAGUGUUGUCACGCGUUAAAAUAACGCAAGUGUGCACCGGACCUUAAUCAAUAAAAGAUCCUGUUAUUUAUCUAUAAAUUGUAUAGAUUAUUUUUUUUUUUUUUUUUUUUCAAUUCGUGUUAGGACGUCGUUGAGACUACGUCAUUUACGCGCACCGUUUUGUAUAGCUCUCGAUAGCACUAACGUCAAAUUAUGCAGCACUGCCGCAAACCGGUAAUGUAUAAUAAUAUAAUAAUCUUAUCGUAUAAAGUCCACCAACACCGCUGCCUCGCCGGCAAAGGCGUCAAGGCCAUCCACUAUAGCAGUCGCUACAUACUGCAGAAAUACUCGCAUUCGAUAUGGCUUCGAGCCCAAAUCAAUUAUCUAACAAAACAUUCUACCUUUAAAAUUAUCAAAAAAAAAAAUGAUACUUCAAACAAUACUUCGCCAACCAAUUCUAAUACUGAUAUCUGGGAAACAGUUGUAUCAAACAAUAAACAUUCAAGAUUUCCUAAUGCAACUUCAUCUCCCGCUAAGAAAGUCGACAAAAAUAUCUUUAUUUCUACGAACCGUUUUACUCUGAUCGCACCAAAUGACGAAGAGGAGAGGAUGGACGAUACAAACGAAAACAUUCCGAAUAAAAAUCAAACACCUAAAUUACCCCCAAUCCUUAUACAAGCACAGUUAAAUUUUAACAAUUUCUGUAUUAAAAUUAAAGAACUAACUGAUUCCUCGGAAUUUGAUUUUAAAAGUUCUACUAAUAACUUAAACUUCAGACAUACAGCGCUGAUUCGUAUAGAUCAGUGAUCAAUUAUCUCAAUGAAAAUAACGUUUCAUUUCAUUCAUAUCAGUCAAAAGAACUAAAAGCAUUUCGUGCAGUAAUCUGGAAUCUACAUCCCAUUACUGCUUUGUCCCUUAUCAAAAAGGAACUCUUAAACAGUGGAUUUACCACCAGAAACAUAAUGCCUGUUUUUCAUAAAUUAACGAAUACCUGGAACCUGGUCCAAUCCAUGCCGAUGUCUUCAAAAUCACAUCGCUGUGCUACAUUAUAGUAAAAAUCGAACCUGCCCACCCUAAAAGAGAUAUCCCUAAAUGCCACCGCUGUCAGGCGUAUGGCCACAUUCGCAGCUACUGCAAUCAGACUCCUCGUUGCGUUAGAUGUGGUUUAGACUAUGAAUCAUUGCAUUGUACUAAGGAUCGCAGUUCCCCUGCUAAAUGUGCUUUAUGUAAUGGCAGCCACCCGACCAACUAUAAAGGGUGUAAAACACAUACUGACCUAAAAAAAAAAUUAACUCAAUCUAAAAACAAUACGUGGAAUAAUAAAAACCAACACCAUCAUACCUCAAAUGUCAUUAACCAUAAUCUCCCCCCUCCAACGGACUCACAGAAUUUCCCUCCUCUCAAUAGUGAAUCAAAUCCACACUUUCAAACCAAUAACCAAAAUCAGAAUCUAGACCACACAAUCUAACUGUCUUCAUUCAUAAAUGAUCUAAAAACUUUAAUAAACCCACUCAUUGGUCACUACAGUCAUUGAUAAACUCAUUAAAAAUGGCAACUAAUUCUACAAAUCCACUUACCAUAUUUUUAUGGAACGCUAACGGUAUUCUUCAACACCUAAAUGAACUCUAAAUCGUGCUCAAUGAGNCGUGAAAUCUUCUACACUCAAAAUUCAUGGAUAUGAAAUUAGAAGAGCAGAUCGCCCUGAUGGAACAGCACAUGGCGGAGCUGCUCUAAUUAUCUCCAAUCAAAUUGAACACUCCCCUCUGCCACCUCUAAGGAGCUCCAAUAUUCUAUCAGCUAGCACAACGUUAAAGAUAAACUCGGUUCCUAUCUCCAUAGCAUCUUGUUAUUUCCCUCCUGGAAAUUCAUUUCCUACACCUGAACUUAUAAUUUUUCUCCAAUCUCUAAGCCAUAGCUAUAUUUUGGAUGCGGACUUCAAUGCCAAACACCAAACUUGGAGCCGUUCCACUAACACUAGGGGCCGAGCGUUACACAACCUCAUAACUCAAAAACACCUCAAAGUCUUAUCAAGCCCUUCUCCGACUUAUUGGCCAUCCCAUGACAACCAUCAUCCAGAUACUACUUCAUUACCAACUUACCCAAUUGUUUCACCGCAAACGUCACAAAUCUUAAUGACCCAGCAUCAGACCAUACUCCAGUUCUACUACAUAUAG